UCAGGCACUCGCAGGCCAUGACCAUACUUACUCGCUCAAAUACAGUCGAGAUGGAUCAGAGGUCAGGCGAGACUGACGAGGCCUACGAGGCACGGCUGGCGGCCAUCAUGGCCGAAACCAAGCAUCGGUCAAACGCAGCGGCAGCAGCACGGAAGAAGAGAGAAGCAGAGGCAGAGAGACUGCGUCUGGCUGAAGAACAACGGCAGAAGCACGCGGCAGCAGCAGCCAAGGCAGUCGAUGAAGAACGGGUGCGGCGACGCGAAGUCAUAUUCAGGGAGGAAGGUGCAUUACAUGCACAGGCCAAGGGGGAGGCCGAGAGCGGCGAAUCUGUCGACUACGGGAGCAGGGUAUCUCAUCUGCUCAAUCGUGUCACGGACCUCCUUGCGACUUGUAUCGCACAGCAGGAGGACAUCCACUCCCUCGACCACACCAACAAGGUGUUACAACAAUCAGUGGACCAGAUGCUCAAGCGCAUACAGCAGCUGGAGCAGCAGAUCGCCACCGCCAACACCAGCGUCGGCCCCUCCAAUCUCGUCGACCGUGUCAAUGUCUUGGAGAUAGACAUGGAAACACUUGAGACUGGGGCACAGCAGCUGCAACAACAGGUUUCCGCAGCAGUUGGCCCUUGCGCAACGACACGCGAAACGAUUGUCAAGUUCGAUGGGCUCCCGAUCUUCUGUGACGCAUCGAAGACCGACCCCAUCCAAUGGUGGCGCCAGUUUGAACUCAAGUUGGAUAUCCACCACGUCAUCGAUUUGUACUCCUGCUCGGGAGGCGCGUGUCAGGCAUGGUUGGACAACAUGCUGUCCGCACAUGCAUGUACAGUCAUCGAAUUGCACAACUACAUCACCUGGGCAGAUCUCACAGCGGCAUGGAAGAAGCGUUUCCAAAUAGAACCGCGCGAGCACCAGGCGAUGGACAAGCUGCUGACGUUUUCACAGAACAGCAUGCCAAGCGGAGACUGGAUUUAUGAGUUCCAACGGCUGGCAAGCACGCCCAAGUUGCCGAUGAACUUCGACGGCAUCAAGCUUUACUUCAUCAAGCGGUCGUGCCCAGCGUUGCAGAAUGCGUUAACUCAAGUUGCCGAGAACCUCAACACAAGUGAGGAACUCUUCAACAAAGCCGCGCAGAUCAUCGUGACGAAUUUGGCAGCCCGGAACACGGGCCACUCGUCGACUGCCGGCCAGGGCGCGCAUCAGCAUCGGCCGAAAGUGGCCGUGGUCGCAGCAGAAACGCCUAGCGACCCUUCAAUUCUAAACGAGGCUGUUUCGUCUGACGAGGGAGACAAACUCGCAGCUGCCCAGAAUGGUGGCCACCCCGCCAAAGGACGAGGACGCGGCAAGACGAAGACGAACACCACUACUUCUUCCGGGCCCGGGCAAGCAGCUCAAGAGCAAGGACCUUGGACAGCGUACGAGCUUACAAAGCGCAGAUACCGCGUCCGCACCAAGUACCGCUAUUGCUUGUGGUGCAACAGCUCAGCACAUGAGACAACGAGCUGUCCCACGAAGGCCAAGGGUACCGCCCAGUCAGGAAAUACCAUGUACUAUCCUCUCCCGCACCCUUCGAUCCGGUGCCAAGUUGUAACAGCCAAAUCUUUUCGGGCCACUUGCGCUUACGAGCGGACCGAAGCGAUAGGCUUAUGUUUUCUUCGAACCGUCGCGGUAGCCGAAUCUCAACCCACGGACUUGUCUUCAGACCCCCGGGUGGUGCGGUUGCUCGACGAAUUCGCCGACGUCUUCGAGUCACCUACCGGCAUGGUGCCGGAUUGGCCGAUCUCGCACGAGAUCAUUCUCGAGGCCGGUGUCGUGCCGCCAAAAGGUUGCAUUUAUCGCAUGAGCGAGGAGGAACUUACAGUACUCCGCGCGCAGCUCGACGACUUGUUGGACAAAGGCUGGAUCCGACUUAGCAGCUCACCCUAUGGUGCGCCGGUUCUCUUCGUUCGGAAGAAGAACAAGGACCUUCGCCUAUGCAUCGAUUACCGCAAGCUGAAUGUGCAAACCGUCAAGAACGCGGGACCUCUUCCUCGCAUUGAAGACCUUCUAGAGCGCUUGGGCGGCGCAAUUUUUUUUUCCAAACUGGUCUUGAAGUCAGGAUAUCAUCAGAUCUCGACUCGGCUGCAAGAUCGCUACAAGACCACGUUCAAGACACGGUACGGGCACUUCGAGUGGGUCGUCAUGCCUUUUGGACUCACCAACGCCCCGACGACUUUUCAAGCGGCGAUGACCAACGAGUUUUGUGCAAUGCUGGACCGAUUCGUGUUGGUCUACUUGGACGACAUCCUCGUCUAUAGCCGGACCUUGGAGGAACAUCUCGACCAUCUUCGACGAGUGUUGGAGACACUCCGACGCGCCAAGUUCAAAGCCAACCGCGACAAGUGCGAAUUCGUACGCCAAGAGUUGGAAUACUUGGGCCACUUCGUUACUCCGCAAGGCAUCAGUCCGUUGUCGGACAAGAUUCAAGUCGUCCAAGAUUGGCCGGAGCCGCGGAACGUCACGGAUGUCCGAUCUUUCCUUGGCCUUGCCGGCUACUACCAACGUUUCAUCAAAGGGUACUCGAAGAUCGCGGCUCACUUAACCAAGCUUCAAUGCGAGGACCGACCAUUUGACUUCGGGACGGACGCGAGGGAAUCGUUAUUGGCCCUCAAGGCCGCAUUGCUCUCUGCGGAGGUAUUGCAGAUAUACGACCCGCUAUUGCCAACACGUGUCACCACGGACGCGUCCGGCUAUGGCAUUGGUGCUGUCCUCGAACAACAUGAUGGCGUGGACUGGCACCCGGUCGAAUACUUCAGCAAGAAAGUGUCGGCCGUGCACUCCAUCGAUGAUGCACACAAGAAGGAACUUCUCGCCUUCGUCCACGCACUCAAGAGGUGGCGGCACUUCCUCCUUGGUCGGUGCCAGUUCCGAUGGGUAACGGACAACAAUCCGUUGGUCUUGUGCAAGUCUCAGGACACCGUCAACAGCACCAUCGCCCGUUGGAUGGCCUUCAUCGACCAAUUCGACUUCUUUCCCGAUCACAUUCCGGGGAAGUUGAACCGUUUCGCGGAUGCCCUUUCACGGCGUCCGGACCACUGCAUCGCGGUCUACUCAACCUUCGAGAUCGAGGAUGACUUGCAGGACAGCAUCCGCGGCUAUCAAGCCGACCCCGAAUUUCGUAACAAGUACGCAAACUGUUCCUCUUCCAAUCCGGCGCUUUCGCACUAUCGGAUCCAAGAGGGAUACUUGCUCGUUCACUCGCGGGGGAAGGAUCUACUUUGUGUGCCGCAAGAGUGCCGCAAGAUUCACACUUGCGCACGUGGCUUCUUGGCGAGUUCCAUGACGCCCCCGCCAUCAGACAUUUUGGAGUCAAUCGCACGAUUGGCCGACUUCGCGAGCGCUUUUGGUGGCCUAGUCUUCUCGACGACGUCACACGCUAUUGCGAGUCAUGCGAGGUUUGCUGACGUUGCAAAUCACGCAAUCAUCGUCCGUACGGCAAACUGCGACCAUUGCCGGUCCCCUUGCGCCGAAGGGAAGCGAUUGCCAUGGACAUUACCGGGCCGUUACCCAAGCACAAGACGGGUGUGGAUGGCAUUCUCACGGUGGUUGACCGACUCACCAAGUUUGCCAUGUUCUUGCCUUGCCCAUAUCAUGCCAAGGCACCGGAGUUGGCCGAGGGUGAGUGGGCGAGUCCUUGAUGGAGGGGGUCUCGGCGGUGUCACGGGGGAAAUGUUGGGACAAUACGACUCUAAUGGCGAAGUCGAAGGCAUCAGUGGUGACAUAGAAAUGGCGAGCGGGGUCGGCGAUCUUGAGGACAGAGGCCGUGGUGAUGGUUUGCUUGAGGAAGUUGAAAGCGUGUUAGCGGCGAUCGUUCCAAUUGAAGGACUCGUCCUUGCGUGUGAGUUCGUGGAGAGGGUAAGAGAUCACAUAAAAGUUGCGAAUGAACGGGCGGUAAUAGUUGGCAAGGCCGAGGAAGGAGCGGAGUUGGAGGAGGGUCUUGGGCGGGGGGUACUCGAUGAGGGUUGUGACCUUCGAGGGGUCCAUACGGAUGCCUUCAGCGGAGACAAUGUGGCCAAGGUAUUCCACGCUCGAAGCGGCAAACGUACAUUUGCUGAGCUUGGCGUAGAAUUUUUGCUCUCGGAGGAUCGAGAGGACUUGGCGAAUGUGCUGAAGGUGGGACUCGAAGGUGGGGCUAAAGAUGAGGAUGUCAUCAAGGUACACGAUGACACAAACUUUGAGGAGAUCACGGAAGAUGUAGUUCAUGGUGGACUGGAAUGUGGCGAGGGCAUUGGUGAGUCCGAAAGGCAUUACGAGGAACUCGUAGUGCCCAAACCGAGAGCGGAAUGCGGUUUUGUGGGUGUCCUCCUCGCGGAUACGGAUCUGGUGGAAGCCACUGCGGAGGUCGAUCUUGGUGAAAUAUUUGGCUCCACGGAGGCGAUCAAGAAGUUCACAUAUCCGGGGGAGUGGGUACUUGUUCUUGACCGUGAUCCGGUUCAAGGCACGCCGGUGGAAGAGAGGCCGACUUUGCGGACACAGGCUUCGAUGAUGAAGUUGUCGGUGACACCAAUAUCAAGGAGGGCCCGAAACUUCACCGUCGAUGCGCCGAGGGAGACGGCGAUAAACUUGAGCUGGAACCGUGCGGUUCCGACACAAGCAGAAGAGAUCAUGGUGUUGAGGCGGCGUUGUUCCAAGCCUAAUCUAACAAGCCCAUCGUGUCGUGCUUGUUCCUUAACGAGAUCGGAGAACGUGGUGGAGGAGGGGUUAGGGAUGAGAGUAGAAGAGCAGGUGUCAGUGGGAAGCUCGAUCGACGGGAUAGCAGACGUCGUCGGGAGGGGGGAAGGCGGAGUAGACUGCGUCACCUGGGGGUCGUCCGAUGGGAUGUGCAUCACCGGGGAGGGGGUAGGCAGACGUAUAGUCGAUGCCAAGUGGGCCACCGGUGGAGUAGAGAUCGUCACCGAUGGGAGAGCCGACAGACAAGUGGUCGAUGCCGAGGGAGGGUUGCAAGAGUCAGGGGGACAGUGUUCAGGUGGAGGAGGGCCCAAAUGUCAUGGUCGAGGGAGAAGUGGAAGUAGAAGGGUCCUCAAGGGUGAAUCGGGAGGGGUCGAGAGAGGCAGUGUCGAAGUCGUCAUCGGAGGGGGAUGGAGUGGUGUCCUUAGAGGUGAUGUUAUGGAAAAAGCGGGGGCAAGAGGGAGCGGGCGUGGAUUGGUGAUGGGGGUGGAGGAGUUGAUCGUGGUGAAGCAUGCAAGAGAGGAGGUCAGUAAGGGGCAUGUCGGGUUCGUGGGCGAGGGCGGUUGCAAGAUCUUUGUGGCAUACUCGCUUGAUGCGGGAGAUGAAUGCAAAGUCGGGAAUGACAGUGGUGGGGAGGUGAUGGCAGAGGGAGCAGAUGUAUUGGACGAAGCAGUCCGUGGGACCUGUCUGGCAGAGGUGACAAAAUUGUUCGAGGUAGUUAUCGAUGGUUUUCUGGGGGCGGAAGGUGGCAGUGAGAAGGUUGGCCCAUUGGAGGAAGGAGUGACGCGGUCCUCCGGAGGCGGGGCAGUUGCUGACUUCGGCAAUUCACCAUUUGGUGGCAUUGUCGAAGAGGUGGGAGGUGGCAAUGGGAAGCCAAUGGACAAAGGGCAUGUGGUGGAGCUUGAAAGAGUUCUGGAGCUAGGUAAGGAAGAGGAAAACGUUCUCGUGGGGAAGGCCGAAGAAGGGCAUGAUGUCGACGGAUUGGAAGGAAUGGUGGAUUUCCCCUUCGCGGGAAACGAUCCGGGCGAGGGUGUUGACGUUGAGGUUAUCGGGGGUAGUGUCGUAGCAGGUGUAAUCGAGUUGGUUGUUGUCAUCAAGGAGGUAGUAGGGGGGAAUUUGUGGCAUUGCGGGGUAAACCCCGAAGGUGACUUGGGAAUAGGUGGAACAGGGGGUGGGGAUGGUGGAGGUCGUCAUGAUGGGUUUGCCACGUCAGCAGUGCCACGUCAGCAGUGCCACGUCAGCAGUGCCAUGUCAGCAGUGCCACGUCAGCAGUGCCACGUCACCAACAGUGCCAUGUCAGCAGUGCCACAUCAGCAGCAAUGCCACGUCAGCAGUGCCACAGUACCACGUCAGCAGUGCCCCGCCACCAUGACGGGCUCAGCUCUUGGCAUGCCAGGCCAACUGGCCAAUGAGUCUACUGCCGAGUACCGACGGCGGUUCCAGAGUCAGCUCGCACUGAUCGAGGCUGAGGAACAGCGCCAGGUGGCAGCCGAGGCUGUCUGCCUACAGGCUGAAGCGGCGGCAACAGCUGAGAAGCAGCGGCUUCAAGCCGAAGCAGACGCAGAUACCCAGGCACGCCGCAAGGAAGCCCAGGAUCUGCUACAGCGGCAUGAAGCCACCAGCAUCGAAAAGCUCAAGUUUUGGCACUUUGAACCUUCCGAGGAGCACGACGACGUGACACCGGAGGAGCAACAUAAGGAAUUUUUGGCCAAGCUCGUAACCCAGUUGGUUUACACCUGUAACCACCUGCAGUCCGAGCUGGCGAACCUCCAGCGGGCCCAUUACAAGAUGCCGACAUUCCAAAUCGAGAAGUUCGAUGAUUAUACACAUCAAGACCCGGUCCUCUGGUGGGAGGGCUUUACGACGCAACUUCGGAUCCUGUUCGUCGCCAAGCACGUGUACAUCGGCGCACUGUUCCUCAACUCAAAGGGCGGAUGCCAGAUCUGGUUGAGCCACCUGGCAACCGUCCACGGCGUCGACGUCGCAGAUCUGAAACAUAAGAUCUCUUGGGAAGAGCUAACACGGCUAUGGAAGAAGCGGUUCAUCGUGGACGACGCACCAGCACUCGCCAUCAACCGCCUCUUCGCUAUGACACAGGGCAACACAUCGAAACGUGACUGGCUCACGGAAUGGCAAAAGAUCGCGGCAACGCCCGACCUUGACUUGCCAUUUUCGCAUCUGCGCCGCGAAUUCUACAACCGGUCAUGUGCCGCCUUGAGCCUUGCACUUGGUGAUCGCGAUCAAUAUGUAACCUUCGCUGAAAUCAUCGACAAGGCAAGGGAGAUCAUCAAGACCAAUAGGGCAACUGCACACGAGAAAUCAGCAUGGCAGCCAACCUAUGUGGAGAAGGUGAAAACUGGUGGCUACUGUCCAGCCGCGAAGCAACAACAAGUCCAGAGGAAACGGGAAGGGGAAAACCGCAUCGCCGGCCGGAAACGGACAGCCAGCACCAUGGGUCAAGUUUCACUUGACCGAGGCGGAAUACAAGUGGCGCGACCGCUACGGCUGCUGCUAUUGGCGCAACAGCACCAAGCACAAGACCUCCCAAUGCCCGGAUCAAGGCAAGGAGGACGUUCGGCCUUGUAUCAACUCGGGAAACUGAGUUUCGCGGGAGGUGAGGCGACUCCACCUCUCACUCUGCUAGAUUCGGCCGCCUUGCUAAUGGCCUCCUACACAUCUGGGGUGGAUGCGAAUGUCGCAAGUUCUCGGUACACUUACGAGGACUAUGCUGUCCACAUGGUCCCACCGUUGGACCAACCACUCCACGUGCAACAAUCCACCGCAUGCACGGUUUCACUACUAUCGGCAACCGAGUCGGCAGCUUCGCCACCAUCUAUAGCCGGGGAUUCGACGACAUGGUCAAGACUUGAAGAGCUCGACCCGUUGACGUUUGCGGACUUCCAAUGGAUACCCCUUCCCCGGUCCGGUCGAUUGCCGAAACCACAUUGCAACGUGCUCAUGGCACAACUACGGGAUUACUUGCACACUGCAGUACCAACUCCGUUGAUGGACGCCGGAGUAGAGGUUAUCGACCUUCACAAUUACAUUGCGAAGAUCGACCGCGAGUUCAGGACACAACGGUACGAUGACAUCGACGCACCAUUGUUAUAUGUACCGGAGGAAGUCCCAGCCUACGCAAGUCACGUUGGCAGACGGUCACACGCACAAGUCAAUCGACAGUUCUUCUCAAAGCUGGACCUCAAGUCGAGAUAUCACCAACUCGAGAUUCGGCAGAAGGGCCGCUACAAGACUGCGUUUAAGACGCGAUAUGGGCAUUUCGAAUGGUUGGUGGUGCCAUUUGGCCUUAUGAAUGCCCCGACCACUUUCCAAGCGGCUAUGACAACGGAGUUCCGGCACAUGCUGGAUCGAUUCGUACUUAUCUACCUCGACGACAUCCUGGUGUACAACCGGAGUUUGGACGAGCAUGUGGAACACCUGCGCACCGUUUUGGAGCGGCUAAGACAAGCCAAGUACAAUGCCAACCGCGACAAAUGCGAAUUCGCGCGGCAGGAGCUGGAGUACUUGGGACAAUUUGUGACGCCGCAAGCCAUCCGUCCACUUGCGGACAAGAUCGAGGUCCUCCGCAUAUGGCCCGAGCCCACUAACACCACGAACGUCCGUUCAUUCAUGGGGUUGGCGGGCUACUAUCAGCGAUUCAUCACCGGGUACUCAAGGAUUGCUGCACCUAUGACGAGAUUACAAUCGCCAAAGGUGCCAUUCGUAUUCGAUGACGACGCACGCCGGUCAUUCCAAGCACUUAAGACGCCCAAGCUGACGCCACCUCCUAUGUAUUUUGGGGAAGACCCCAAGGUGGACGUUUCAGACUGGGUUACUGCUAUGCAGGCAUACCUGGGCAGCUUUGUAUGUCCAGAGGUGACAAAGGUAGGGACUAGCCUGGGUCGCUUGGAGAGGACUGCACUGAAAUGGUGCACAUCCUCUGCAGCGAAACAGAAUUUGCCCAUGGACAAAUGGGCACAGCAGCUGAAAGUGGAGGGGUUGCUGCAGGCCCUGCGAGACCGGUUUGCAGACAGGGAACAGGCCCGAAAAGCAGCAGAUAAGAUAAUGUUGUUGGGCUCUCGCAGAUUUGAGGGUUCCCUGUCCAAGCUCUACAACAUGUUUGAGAGCUUAACAGCUACUCCCGGUCUGGAGAUGAGUGAGUCCGACCAGCUCACUCACUUCCUGCGCGCAGCGCCUCCAGGCUACUCCAUUGCUUUGUAUUCUCAGGGCCACAAGGACUGGAGGUCCUUUGGCAAAGCGGCCCUGGACCUGGAGUCCCGGCUCAAGGUCCAGGAACCUUCUGAAGGAAGGAGGAGACCCUCUUCCAGGGGACAGCACAGGAAGAAGGGUGCUCUGUUGGCUGCUGACACCGGUUCUGAUUCUGAUGCAUCUCAGCGUGGCAGUCCUCCAUCUGAGACUGCAUCCGCAUCAACAAUUGAGCCAACCGUUCUUGCCCUGGCUGAGAACCUUGCUGCAAUUUUCAAGGGAAAGACUGGGAACAGCAGCAGCAGCAAGGGUUCAGCCAGUCAGAAGGCGAAAGGGAAGGGACGUGCCACUUCCCCUCAGGCCCAGAGAGCUAACUUACCACGAGACGAAGAUGAUAGUCAGACUUUCGCUGAUCUUUUCCUGUCUUUGCAGGAGAAGAAGAAGCAUAAAUCAGACCUCAUCUUGUUGCGACCCUCUAUCCUGGGAGCCAGGAUCAAAGGCCUUUUAGACUGUGGGGCUACGUGGAACUUCAUCUCUCCCAAAGCUGUCAGCAAGUUGCAUCUGGAUGGGAGACUGGUGAAGUUGCAGCAGCUGCUGGAAGUCCGUAUCGGGGACUCUUACACAGUCCGGAUUACCUCUGCUGUCAAAAACCUACCGGUUAUAUUUGACAAGCAGGAGAAGGUCAGGCAACGCCUAAACUUCUAUGUGUUUCCCAACGUGCCCUUUGAUCUUGUGUUCUCCAUGCAGUGGCUUGAGGCCGCUAACCCUAGGAUCGACUGGCAGAUCCCUAGGGUAGAGCUCCCUGACUGUAGAGGGGAUUAUCAGCCUUAUGUGCUGGCUGAUGAGUACCAUCAGGUCAACAGUUGCUAUUGUAUGAGGGGACACGAGUUCUUUCAGCUCUCUCGCCAGACUGCCCACACACGUCUGUUUGUCGCAUAUGUGAAACAGACUGGUGUGGAUGUUGCUCCUUGUCCCUCACCGAUUCAGCAGGUUCUGGACUGGUAUCCAGACCUGAUGCAGGAGCCUACUGGACUUGUCCAUAGGCAGACCCGACAUAGGAUUGAGCUCUUGCGAGGUGCGGUCCCUCCCAAGGGCCAUAUCUACAGGAUGUCACCUGCUGAACUCGAUGAGCUCAGGAGACAGCUUGAGACCCUGACCAGCAAGGGUUGGAUCAGACCCAACACAUCUGAAUUUGGGGCUCCCGUUUUCUUUGUCCCAAAGGGGAAUGGAGAAUUCAGGAUGUGUGUGGACUACAGGGGUCUCAACAAAAUCACUAGGAAGUCUACAGAGCCCCUUCCUAGGAUUGAUGAUCUGCUGGACAUGGUGCAGGGCUGCACAAUCUUUAGCAAGAUCGAUCUCAAAUCUGGCUACCACCAGAUUGAGAUGGCUGAAGGCGAUGUCCACAAGACUGCCUUCAAGACCAGAUACGACACCUAUGAGUAUCUGGUUAUGCCUUUCGGUCUUUGCAAUGCCCUUGGCACAUUCCAGACAGAAAUGCAUCGCAUACUCAGGCCUUACCUAGACAGGUUUAUAGUUGUAUACCUAGAUGAUAUCCUGGUAUUCAGUCAAUCUGUCGAGGAGCAUGCGCAGCAUUUGGCUCUAGUUCUCUAGGCACUACAUGAGGCCCAGUAUAAGAUCAACAGGGAAAAGUCCUCCUUUGGAGCGACUUCUGUGACUUAUCUGGGACAUGUAAUCUCUGCGGAAGAGCUGGCUCCUGAAGCAACAAAGGUUGCUACCAUUC